AUGCAGAUUGUUUCUUCAAAUGAAUGGACAAAUAUAUCGGGAGGGGAUAUUCCAGAUUACCGAUUUAGGUGGUGGACAUAUUUUACAUUUGUUAACAUAACCAAAGUUCCUAAAAUCGGAAAUAAUGCAUUUGCUGAAAUGACAUCUCUUCGUGAAGUUCAUAUUUAUGACACCACAACAACAAUCCUAAACUACGCAUUCUAUAAUUGCUAUAAUCUUGAAAAAAUUCAACUUCCAGAUACGUUAAAGUACAUUGGAAACUUUGCUUUUGCAAAUUGUUCGAAACUUAACGAUAUAUUAACACCCGAUGGCAUGGAAUAUAUCGGUAAUGAUGCAUUUUCUAAAACUUCAAUGAAAAGGUUUAACUAUGCUCCUACUAUUAAAUUCAUUGGAGCUAAUGCAUUUUGGUCGUGCGGCUUGAAUAACAUAACUGUGCCUGAUGGUAUUACUCGUAUCCAUCACUAUUCUUUUCAGCUUGCAGGAUUAAAUACGGUAUUCUUAUCACCAUCAGUAGUAGUAAUUGAAGCUGGUGCUUUUGCAAAUAAUCGUAUCAAAAACUUCACAUUAAAUGAAGGUUUAACAAUGCUGAAUGCUUCGGUCUUUUCAUACUGUGGAAGUCUUGAAGAAUUAGGAGUUCCAAAUACUUUAAAAGUCAUUGGUUCCAGAGCACUUGAAUUCACACCAUUAUUUAAUCUUACUGUUCCUGAUACAUUCGAAGAAAUAAUGGAUUAUGGACUUGCAUAUACUAAUAUUCAUCGGAUUAUAUAUCCACCAAACACAACAAUGGGAAGAUAUGUAUUUGAAUGCAGUGCAUUGCAAUCAUUGGUUAUUCCUGAUGGAGCAACAUAUAUUGGAAAUUAUACAUUUGCAAAUAGUUAUUUAGUAUGGGUCAAAUGCCCUGAAUCAAUUACACAAAUAAGAUCAAAUGCAUUUGAAGGAUCUAGAAUUUCUAAAGUCUAUAUUCCAAGUCAUCCCAUUGAUAUUGGACCUGCAAUCUUCAAUUUCUCAAUGAUAAGACAUUUCUCAAUCUUCGAAGAUUUCACAUUUAUUCCAGAAUCGAUGUUCAGUUUUUCACGACUAUCUGAAUUCGAAGUUCCUAAAUCAGUAACAAGGAUAGAAAGAUGGACAUUUAGAGGAUGCAAACUUACAUCAAUCAUUACUCCAGAAGCAACUACUCAAAUUCAAGCAGGAACAUUCAUGGAGUCGCAAUUAUCCACUAUCAAAUUAUCAUCAACUCUAAAAUCUAUUGAUUAUUAUGCAUUCUAUCAAACUAACUUGCAAUUCCUUGAUCUUCCUGAUGGUUUUAGGACAAUAGGAGACAGAGCUUUUGGAAGAACACCAAUGGGAAACAUUACUCUUCCAGAAGGAAUGACAACAAUAGGCACAGGAGCAUUCAGAGAAUCAAAUGUAUCAAUUAUCAAUCUUCCAAGUACAAUAACAUCUGUUGAAAGUUUUGCAUUCUUCAAUUCAUCAUUAAUAGCAUUCAAUUUAUCAGAAAGAAUGGGUGUUGGAAAUUAUGCAUUUUCAUGGACUCCAAUGUCAAAUAUAACAAUACCAGAAGAAAGAACAAGAAUAUAUGAUUUUGAAUUUGCAUAUACAAACUUUUCUUAUUUAAUUCUUCCUGAUAAAAUUAGAUCUAUUGGCCAGCGUGCAUUUGCUGGAUGUUCAUUUAAUGAAAUUAGAGUUCCAGAAGGUAUGACAACUAUCGGAUCAAAUGCAUUUGCAGAUACAUGCAUUAAACAUAUUUAUCUUCCAUCAACAUUGACAUCAAUCAGCUCUUAUUGUUUUUAUAAUGCAAGUUGUUUAUUAGUUGACAUUCCUGAAUCAGUUAAAUAUAUUGAUCAAUUUUGUUUUUGUUACAGUUCAAUGCCAUCAAUAGUAAUUCCAAAUAAUGUAACUCAAUUACGUUACCAAUUAUUUGCUCAUAGUUUGAUUUAUAAUAUAACAUUAUCAAAUGCAAUUACUGUUAUUGAUUCACAUGUAUUUUAUAACUCUUCAAUUCUUCUAGGAUUAGAACUUCCAGAUACUGUUGAAACAAUUGGUCAAUAUUGUUUCCAAUAUACAACAUUCAAGAACAUCACAAUUCCACCAAAAGUUGACCGUCUCCAAACUGGACUUUUCCAACAUUCAAUGCUUGAAACAAUUUAUCUUCCAAGACAUCUUAAAACUAUUGAAAAUAAUGUAUUUUCUAAUUCAUCUCUUAAAGAAGCAGAAAUGCCAGAAGGACUUGUAUCUAUUGGCGAAAAUGUCUUUUAUAACACAUCUCUUUCUUAUUUGCAUCUUAAAGAAAACUUCACAAAAUUAUAUCAAUAUGCUUUAGCUUCAAGUAACAUUUCCAUCAUCAAUUAG